AUGGUAUCAGAGCUUGAACUCAUGAUUAUGAUGUCUAAAACUGAAAUUGAUCAUCUUCAUCCUUCAGACACUACUGGAGUUUCUAUCAUCUCGAUACAAUUGACAGGGUCAGAGAAUUACUCACUAUGGAGCCGUGCGAUGCGAAUUCAGUUGUUAGGAAAGAACGAGUUGGGAUUGGUCGACGAUACUUUAAGUAUGGACAAAUUUGAUAAGGAACUUAGUCAUCAAUGGAAUCGCUGCAAUGCAAUUAUAGUGGGAUGGAUUAUGAGCUCAGUAGCAAAUGAGUUACUUACAGGAAUACUAUAUGCUAAAGAUGCCAGAGUAGUCUGGGAAGAUCUCAGGGAGCAUUUUGACAAGGUCAAUGCAUCACGAGUCUAUCAGCUGCACAAAGGAAUAACAACAAUUACGCAAGGUUCAAAAAAUAUUUUGACCUAUUUCUCAAAGCUUCGAGAUCUGUGGGUCAAAUUUGGCAGCAUGGUUCCUAAUCCUUGUGAUUGUCCUAGAUCCAAGGAUUUUAUUGCGCAUAUGGAGAGCCAGAAGUUGAUGCAAUUUCUGAUGGGACUUAGUGAAUCCUAUGAUCAGGCGAGAAGCCAAAUUCUCAUGACUAGCCCUACACCUAGUAUCAACAAAGCUUCCUCCAUGCUUAUUGAAAGGGAAAGCCAACGCACUAUGGCCAGCACAUCCAUGGUAGGACAGGGAACUGAAGUGGAUGCGCUUUUAGCUGGUAAAGGAGAUGGUUAUCAGAAACCACAAAGGAAUUGA